AUGUCGUACAACCAGCUCUACAAGCCCCUUGUGGAUGAUCCCGAAGCGGGUGGGUCAUCCUCUUCGAGUAGCGGCCCGGCGGCGCCGCCAUUGCGGUCCUACGCGCCCUCUGAAUCGAAAUGCGCGAAAUUGGGUGGGAUCAUCGAAAAGAUCUUCUGCUGCUGUGGACUCUGCCAACGAUUGCCGUGCUGUCCGCCCCUCAAGAGAGGAUGCGCCGCCGUGGGGGCCAAGUGGCAGCGAUUGAAGGCCUUCCUCUUCCAGAGCUCGUCCGUGUGCCACAUGGCGUGGCUCGUCGUCUUCCUCCUCGCCCUCAUUAUCUUCGCCAUCCUUAUGGCAACCCUCCUCUCCAAGGUCGACGAUCCCUACAACUAG